UGGUUGAUUAAAGUUAAUCGGCGUUGGUCGAAGUGGCCCUUUUAGUCGUCGAACUACAUCCGUUGAACUGAGCACGUGCACAAGCUGCUCGUCGGAUUAGUGACAAAGUGACAAUAAAAAGGCUUGAAGAACAACAUCUACGUGUGAAAUUUUUCUCAAGUUUGCAGAAAAAUUUAUGAAAUUUUGACAACAAACCGCUAUUUUCCCUUUUCUGUUCAAUGGAUUAUGAUAUGCAUGCCUUUGCAAAUCAAAUUCGAGAGCAGCCCGUUUCACGUGAACAACAAUUAAAAGACUUAGCCGCAAUUAAUGAAUGUGUACAAAAGGUUUUAGAGCAAUACGAAAGAAUAUAUGGCUCGCCGAUGCCAUUAUUUGAACAAACGAAAAAGAACACAAACGCAUUUGAUAACACAAGAAUUACUUACAACGGUAAUAUUUUAAAUAAUUCGGUUUUUAAUUACACCACAUAUCAAAGCAGACCAAGUCCUUCAACUUCAACGGGUUAUAAUAUGGAUCUCUCUGCAGAACGUAGAAGUGAAGAACGACCUGACUUGCAAGUUCUGUCAUCUAAACAAACGAGAAAAAGAAAGGGAGCAGUUUAUAACAAUGUUGUAGAUUCCAAUAGAAUUUUGUCAACGUGCACGUGUCCCAUCGUACAUAAACGAAAGCGUGUCGAAGCAGACACUGAUGACGAGUAAUUAUUCAUGCGACACAACACAGAAGGAAGAGUAUAUUACGAUCUUAAUAUUGACUUUUUACGAUCUCAAUAUUGACUUUUUACGCAAAAUUUAUUUUGUGUAAAUUUUUUACACAAUGUUAGUUUGUAUUAUAUUUUAGUAAAAAGUAUAUAUUUGCCGUUUUUUCUUCUUAUAUUUUAAAUAUUUAUUAAGUAAGUAAGUUCAAUAAGUGCCGUCGAUGCGUGCGGCGUGCGUAGAUAACCCAUGUAAGCUAGAUCUGUUGGCCAUAUUCCCAACUUUUGACCUUUCGUAUCUUGAAAACUGGCCAUUUUCGGAUUUCGUGCCUAGAG